CGCAACCGGAGAUCUGAUUAUUAUUCGCCGGUCAGCGGUCACCGUGAUUCUUUGGCCCCAUCUCAUUUCCGCCUUCUUCAUCAAGCAAAAUCUUCAUCAAAAUGGAGCCCGCGACCCGCCUGAAGCUGCACCUCCGAUUUCCCUCCGCCGCGUAAACCUAGAAAUGUCAUCCAAUUAGCCGAUUUUCCUAUUUCAUUUGGUCGUCUCGUCGCCGAAAGUGGUUUAUUGAAAAGUCGGAAUGGUGCUGCCAUUGCUAAAGCUCGGGACCUUGGCCGUCAAGACGCUCAGCAAGCCGCUGGCCAGUAAGCUCAAGCAGCAGGCUGCUUACCACCCUAAGUUCCGCCAGAUCAUCGUCAGCAUGGCGCAGUUUAAUCACCGAAUCUCGACGAGGAUGCAACGGCGGAUCUACAGCCACGCCACUGAAGCAGAGAUUCGGCCGCUGAACGAGGAGAAAGCCGUCCAGGCCGCCGUCGAUCUCAUCGGCGAGUUAUUCGUUUUCACGGUAGCAGGUGUUGUUGUUGUAUUUGAGGUACAGAGAAGUGCUAAAUCAGAGGCUCGAAAAGAAGCAGCAAGAUUGCAAGUACUAGAGGCAAUGAGACAGAGAGAUGAAGACUUGGCAAAAGAAGUGGAGUCCCUGAAACGAAAGAUGGAUGAAAUCGAGCAACUUGCCAGAAGUAGAGGACUCAGCGGCAUUUUUCACUUGAAACACUCGAGUAACGAACAGGAGAAAACAACCAAACCAGCUUAAUACAGUGCAAAGAAAGCUUCUUCCUUUUUAUUCUUUGAGAUUCUCUGCAGAGAGUCAUACAAUGAGACGCAUCAAUGUGGUAGUUUUGGUUCUCCCCUGCAAAUCAUAAACCGUGGCUGGAAUAAUUGAUGCCUUCAUUCCCUGAGAUAAGAUAUGAAUGAUUUUGGAUGCGCAUUAUGAAACAGGUGGUUGGAAAAUUGACUUGUAAAAAGAGCAGAAUGUCAGUAUUAGAUUGAUGGAUGCUUUCUUUCUUGCUAAGUAUUUUUUCUUUUUCUUUUAAACUGAACUUCAAACAAUUAACAAUUCAUCUAUCAAAUUUAAAGCCCAGUGAGGCCCACAGUUCAGCCCGUCUAUCUCAAACUAUCAAGCCCAGUCUGCUGUGAAGUUUCUACAGCCAAAGGAUCGAGAUUGGAUAACUAAAAACAAAGAUAAUCAACACAGCUACAGGAAAUGAGACAGUAAAGAUUUUGCAGAAAAACACCAUCAUGACUCCUAUACAUCAUCAGCAGGUUUCAUUUACAGCAAUCAUCAACAUGUUCGGAACUAGUAAAGAAUUCAAUAUCAGAUCACAGGAUCAAGUUCCCCGGCCGGGUUGCUCAACUAGUAAAGAAUACAACAUUGCAGCAGACCGUCUCACCAUCUGCAACGUCCCUCCUAAUCAAUCUGGCAUCCC